AUGGAAUGCAAGGCAUUGCAUCCAGUGUCUCGACCUACCACAAAUUCACAAUUAAGUGACGUUGCAUUUGAGCUAGCUAGACAUGGCCUCUUCGUCUCUAUCAGCCGUGUUGCUCUUGUGCCUGGCCGUGGCGGCGUCGGCGCAGCUGUCGCCGACGUUCUACGACACGACGUGCCCGAACGCUCUGGCGACCAUCAAGUCCGCCGUGACGGCCGCCGUGAACAAGGAGAACCGCAUGGGCGCGUCGCUGCUCCGGCUGCACUUCCACGAUUGCUUCGUCCAAGGUUGCGACGCGUCUGUUCUGCUGUCAGGCAUGGAACAAAACGCUAUCCCGAACGUGAUGUCACUGCGAGGCUUCGAAGUCAUCGACAGCAUCAAGGCGCAGCUCGAGACCAUGUGCAAGCAGACUGUCUCCUGCGCCACAUCCUCACCGUCGCCGCCCGCGACUCCGUCGUCGCCUUGGGAGGGCCUUCGUGGACAGUUCCUCUAGGAAGGAGGGACUCCACCAACGCAAACGAAGCGGCGGCGAACAACGAGCUACCUCCCCCAUUCUUCGACCUCGUAAACCUCACCCAGUCCUUCGGCGGCAAGGGCUUCACCGUGACCGACAUGGUCGCACUCUCCGGCGCCCACACCAUCGGGCAGGCGCAGUGCCAGAACUUCAGGGACAGACUCUACAACGAGACCAACAUCAACUCCGGCUUCGCGACGUCGCUCAAAGCCAACUGCCCCCAGCCGACCGGCUCCGAUGACCGCAACCUGGCCAAUCUGGACGUGUCGACUCCGUACUCCUUUGACAACGCUUACUACAGCAACCUCAAGUCCCAGAAGGGGCUCCUGCACUCCGACCAUGUGCUCUUCACGGGCACCGGUGGCGGCACCGACAACACCGUCAACAACUUCGCAAGCAACCCAGCGGCGUUCAGCAGCGCCUUCGCCUCCGCCAUGGUGAAGAUGGGGAACCUUAGCCCGUUGACUGGCUCUCAGGGCCAGGUCAGGAUCAGCUGCUCCAAGAUCGUUCCAUGA